CGAGACUAAAAGGACCACUCCUCCGUCCGAACGUCCAGUUGCUCAUAUGCGACCAUUGCACAUGCAACUUCCACCGCUGGACAGCCGAGAGCUUCACAUGAAGGAACCGUUUCGUGAAUGGUACCUGAGCAUCUGUUCGUGCUGGGUUCGUGACUACCUAGGUACACUUUCACUCAUUACUUCCGCAACCAUACCACUUCUUACCUCGCCCCGACCCACGCACCCCCAAACACCGCGAGGAGUCUGUCGUUCAAACAACUCUAUCGUAUCAUCCCAGUAUAAGGCGUCUUCCGACUACGACAUACUGGCACACGACCCACCUUCGUACCUUUUGUUGAAGGAUUGAAGUAAUUAUACGUCAUGGCCCCACCUGAGAUUCAGGUGAUGGAAGGUCCGGUUACUCCUCUAGAGGAUAUGCAACAGCAUCCGAAUGGUUACAGCAAGCCUCUGCGCAAGUUUGUUCCCGAGCUGGUCGAGACGACGACGAGGAGCACCAGACGCGCUCCUCCUCCCCCUCCGAUUGACACAUCUCUCGUACCCGGUAAAAAGGUGACGACUGUGGUAGAGGAGGCGGGAGAUUCGUCAGUUGAACCCUCACGAACCCAUCGUCGGCGCCGGUCACAGGAGAAGUUUGCACAGGAGUGGGAGCAAUGGGGUAGCAAGGCGCAAGAGGAGUUCAGCAAGCACAAACAAGAUGCAGCAUCCAAGUCUGAGACGCGGCGCUCACGAGACACCGUGCCGAGAUGUCGUCGAGCAAGCUUUCCCAGGACACCCCCUCCGCCUCCUGAAAACACGCCUGCUGUGGAUCUGCCUCAAAAUCCGUUGUUCCUGGAGAUCCAGCGUGCAACAUCGACGUCUCCCGUAUCGAGGCGCAGACCAAGCUGGGCCAGCAUGCGUUCAAGCCACUCGUUCAGGGUCCCAGAUCUGGAUCCUAUUGAAUCGUCAGAAUCCGAACCAGGAAGCCCCCUGUCCUUUUCCACAUCACACUCUGCUGUCUCCAAGCAUUCACAUCAUUUCAGAGAAGUGAGCACCAACAACAGCCCGGAUGACCGAGACCCUGGUCCUCUUCUGGAAUUGGCUGCGAAGGCUGCCGAGCAGCAGUUAAGAGAGCAAGCAAUGGCUGCUUUCAUUAACCAGGACGAGCACGAGCACGUUGAUCAUUUCAUAGACAGAGAGGUAGACACACCGCCUGUUUCCGAGAAGCCACGGCGAGAAUCGUUCUGUCCAGAGAACAACUGGGACUUGCUCGAAAUGCGACGAUAUCGGGAAGAGGUAGAGAGACAGAAGGAAGCCAAGAGAGAGGAGAAGAGACGUCUACAAGCAAAACUGAACAAGCUGGACUUCAAGAAAACUGAUUGUUGGGAUCAGGCAAUGUCGUGGCUUAAGACUCCAGUCGCGCAUCUGGUGAUAACCCCCUUGGACGAUGUCAUGCUUGACCCCAUGCAACGUUGUGCACGCCCCCCUAUGCUGGGGACUGACAUCGAAUUCCCGAGAUGUUCAUCACCUGAGACGGCUCGUUUCGAUACAACGCAAGGGUGCGAUGCUGUCCGCAUUGCCACCGAUUACUUGGCUGAGCAGAGUCUACAAGCAGAAAAAGGGGAGGGCCUUUGGUGCGGCCAGAACAUGGCCACAGACCGCCCUUCGUUCUAUUCAAGGGUCAACUCCGCCGCCAACAGUCGGUCUCCCAGCCCUUCUGCAGGUGGACUAUGGGCUGGAUUAUGCGCUCGAACGGGACGCACGCCUCCACGAGGCCCAACUGGCAUCCUCACCCCGCGCAUGGGGACCAACGUGCCCUCGCCUUCGCCCACUCCGUCGUCACACCUGAUGCCACCCACCCCACCACCAACCCGUGCCGAUUUCGCCUGCAUCGAUCAGAAGCUAGCCACAGAGGCAGCCAUAGACAAGGAUUAUGGGGAUGAGUUCGUGACCCAAGUGUACAAUUACCUUUCGCUAGGGUACCCUUCCAUUGGCCGCAUGUUCGACGAAGAGCUGUCUCGAAUAUCGAGGAUCCCCGUAUCGGAGCUCCGCCAGGAUGAUCAUCUCCCGAGUGCUAGAGGGUACAUUCGACUCGGCGAGGAUGCAUGCGCCGAUUCCAAUAUCAAAGAAGAGACGUGCAUGCGGUGGAGAGCCUUGCGCAUGUAUAUCCGAGAGUGGGCUCGGCAGCAUCCGAACAUGGCGUCGGAGCGGUCGGCGUCUCAUACUGCUGAAAGAAGAGGAAGUUGGGCGAACUGAGGGGCGAACUGCAUUCUGACUUUUUGAGACUUCUGACUUCUUGAGCGUUCAAGCGAGCGAGCAUGCGUAGCAGUUUUUGGACUUUGUGCAGGCGUCUCCUUGAUCCCAUUACGGUGCUUCUUACUGAUCUCUUAUUCCAUGUCAUAGAUUCUUUUGCCGUUUGGAGCAACGCCAGAGCUUUGGGUGAGGCAAGCAUUCAUUCACUUCUGAUUUAUAUCAA